AUGGCCCUGAGCUGGCGCGUCCGCCUCCUUUCGUCGGCGGGGGCGGGGGCUCUGAGGGGCAGACCGCAGCCACCGCAUGGCCCCACCAGCAGCCUUGCAGGGGGCUCCCUAGGCUGCACUACCCGGACAGGAGGGGCUCUGGUGGCCCCGCACCGGCCCCCAGCCUCUACGGGCGGCGGGCCGGUCAGCCGGGCGGCGGCGGGGACUAUAAGCGGCCGGGGCGCCCACCCUCGAAGCAGGAGUCCGAGCGAGGAGACGGCGCUGGAACCCAUGGACACGUCGUACCCCCGCGAGGACCCCCGGGCCCCGACGCCCAACAAGGCCGACGGCACCGCCCACACGGCCCUCACGCUGGGGGCGCCGCUACCCCCACCUCGAGACCACUUGAUCUGGUCGGUGUUCAGCACCCUCUACCUGAACCUGUGCUGCCUCGGCUUCCUGGCGCUGGCCUACUCCAUCAAGGCCCGAGACCAGAAGGUGACUGGAGAUCUGGAAGCAGCCCGGCGGCUCGGCUCCAAAGCCAAGUGCUACAACAUCCUGGCCACGGUGUGGGCUCUGGUGCCGCCUCUACUGCUGCUGGUGCUGGUGGUGACCGGCGCCCUGCACCUGUCCCGGCUGGCCCAGGGCUCCGCCGCCUUCUUCAGCACCAAGUUCGACGACUCAGACUAUGACUGACAGGCUGGGCCCUGUCACCGCCCUGACCUAGGGACCCCAACCCCAGGGGCUCCAUCCUAAUCGCCUGGAACCCUGACUUGCCUACGGGCCUGAGGCCCACCCUCCAGCCCCAGCCUGGGCACCUAACACUGACCCUGAAGAUCCUCCACAGGGACCCCAGGGCCUUACCCUCACCUCCAUCGAUGCCCCCAGUCCCCUAACCCCACCCCCCACCCCUGCCCCCAGGCCAGCUCCUCCCUCCCCAGCU